ACAUCAAUUUCCUUUAUGGGGGAAAGGGUUAAUGACUUAGGGUGUCUAUCUUUCGAAACGUGUCUGAUCAGUCAGUGCUCAUCCUGCACAGCAAUCAUGAUGCAUGUUUACUGCACCGUAUUUGCCCUUCAUCUCUUCUCCUGGGUUGCAGAUGCAACAGGGAGCAGCAUAGUGGGCGGUAAGGUUGCAAAGCCUCAUUCCAAACCCUACAUGGCAUCACUGCAAGUCCAAGGAGUCCACAAAUGUGGCGGCAUACUAAUCCGCGAGGACUUUGUUCUGACUGCAGCCCACUGCAAACACCCCGGGACGACAGUCAUACUUGGAGCACACAACAUAGGCAUGCAUGAGAAAAGUCAGCAACGGAGUCCCGUGGCCAAGUUCCAUCCUCAUUCAAAAUUCGAUGGGAACUUCAGCUAUGACAUUAUGCUACUUCAGUUGAAACGUAAAGCCAAACUGAACACGUAUGUCAAAGUGAUCGGACUGCCCAAAAAGGAUGAGAAGAUCCCAGCCAAUACGAGAUGUACUGUUGCUGGCUGGGGCCAAACUGUGGGAGGAUGUAAGGAGGCACCCUCUUCAGACCUACUGAAGGAGACCACCGAGAAGAUACAGUUCAACUUUGAGUGCAAAAACAUUUGGCAACACUACUUUCAGUCAGAUCACAUGACAUGCGCCAGGCCUGAAAAGAAGGGAGGGGUUUGUUUGGGGGAUUCUGGAGGACCAUUAAUCUGCAACACCAAGGCUCAUGGAAUAACAGCCUUUGUCAACAAAGAGGACUGCAGUAAUCACAGGAUACCGCAUGUCUUCACUAAAGUCCACCCCUUCCUUCCCUGGAUUAAGGAAGUGAUGCAGGGGAAUGUUGUGGCAUGAGCCCACCGCAUUUGUUUUUACUUGCUAAAUGCUUGCUAGAUGGCAUGUUGACUUGAUUGCUCUUAGUUCUCAGAAAAAAAGCAGGUACAGUUCAUUCUGAAAGAGCUUCCACAAAUAAUGCGCGUGUAAUCUAUUCUCAAUAUUAAAACAAAUGGAAAGCAAGAUAAAUGGAUGAGUCUUGCUUCUGCUUUGCUGAAAUGAUUUGUCAGCUGUGUGGCCAAAUGUAGACAUCUGCUUUUCCAAUUAUUGUUUCUUUAACUGAAUGUAACAAAUGUGGACUUCGAUCAAUACAAAUAUAUAUAAAGUGUUAAAACCCGUAUGUACUUUUUAUUUUCUAUUGGUACAUAUGUUCCGUCAUGAUUAUGCUCAUAAUAAUUGUCAAAUUAUGAACUACAGCUUUUCAAAAUAUUUUAAUAGACCGUUUAAAAUUAUUAAAUGGAUGAUUAAUAUAUAAUCAAUGUUUUAGAGAAAAGAGAGUGUAUUUUUUGUAUUACACCUCUCGUUUUGAAAAAGACACGUCACAGCAAAAGCUCUAAAUGUACAGUUAAGCUCCAAAUGAUUUAUACACCAGCCAAAUUGGGACGUUUCAAUUUGGCAAAAUAACGCAAGAAGCCAGAGGUGGGAUCAAGUCAUUGCUUUGCAAGUCACAAGUAAGUCUCGUCUUUGCCCUCAAGUCCCGAGUCAAGGCAGGCAAGUCCCAAAGACUUGAGACUGACUUGUGUCUCGCAAAGACUUGUUCCCACCUCUGCUAGAAGCCCAUCCAUCCCAUUCUAUCGCGCUUGUCCUAUAUUUUUUGACACCGUCAAAAUGUAAAAUACUAACUAACAAACACAAAAGAAUAAUAGUAAUAAUAAAAUGUCUUAAUGUACAGUCUUUUGUCACUUAUGUCAUUUCCAGACAAAAGUAUGUUCCCCAAAGGACAAUUCAUAUUGUCUUUUAAACUCAAGUAGCAAAAAAACAACAACAACCCAAAAAAAUGAUUGUAUCUAUCUGGUUUGGCUUUGUCAAUCUGGUUUAUUGAACAUGCAUUUACAGAACGACACAUUUCUUAAUGAUUUUAGCAUUAGACAGAUACUGUACAUAACAUUGCUUACAUAAUUGCUCUCAUCUUCCUGCUAACUUCUGUAGCUAUCGUCAUCGCAAGACACUGUGCAGUUUUGACUGGUUUACGUAUAGCAUUUGAAUUGAAAAUGACUGAUUACUGUGUAAAUGUUUUUGUACAAAGAGUAAAUGAAAGUGAAAAUCUACAUUUGCUAAAGUCAAACCACAGACCCCGUUGUCAGUCAUAGUGCAAACUCUUGAAGUUGAAGCGCUUUCGGUCCGUAAAGCCUGUCAUCUGCAGAGACAGACACAUGGCAUCCAUUUUCUUAAUGACUUGAAAAGAAGUACAUUUUGACAACACUGAACAAUAUUUGGAUAGUAUAGGACGACAGUGCAGCUUUUUCUUAAUUUUAUAAACAGAAAUAAAUCAUUUAAAAGCAAAACUUACCUGACUUGUAUCUCUUGUGAAAUACCUUUUUUCAAUCACCUGUUUGGAGAUACAGUACAUGUAUUUAUCACAUCGCAAAAUGUCAAAAUAAAAAAAUUGCUACGUGAAAUGGUUUUCUAUUGUGUAAUGCAAGACAUGUCAAACAUUGGCGUGUGUACUGUAUAGGGAAUUUGCGCUCCCUUGUGGAGUUGCCCUGUAUUGAAGAGAUGCAUUUUCAAAGCUCAAAUGAAUAAAAACCCCACUUGAGGUCAA